AUGGCUGCUCCGACUUCGGAAGGCGGUUGUAAUAAGCUUCAAAACAUGUUGCAGGCUGCAGUGCAAUCGGUUCAAUGGACUUAUAGCCUCUUCUGGCAAAUUUGCCCACAACAAUUGAUACUGGUUUGA